AUUUUUUUACAGGCAAUGCGAGCCUUCAUUGAAUCCAACUUUAAGCUACUGGAUAUAGACAGUGAUGGUAUUGUUGGCGUGAAGGAAUACCGUUAUAACUGCAUAACUAGGGUAGCUAUAGACGAUAUUGCACCUAUUGACAAAGCAUUUGAAACAUUGUUAAACGAUGAAGAUCGAAAACGUGGUGGGCUGUCGCUAGAUCGUUAUAAAGAACUAUAUGGUCAAUUUUUGGGCAAUACAGCAGAUAACCACCCAGCAGUAAAUCUCUUUGGACCAUUAUAAAUCAUUUUCUUACAUUUAAUUGUCUUCGCUGUUGUUCAACUACUAUUUUAUUUAGACUUAUUUGUAAUUACUAUGACUUUAAAUUUAUUACCAUAUAGAUAUAAAACAUUAAAAUCAUUUUGUGUAGAAUCGUCAGAAGAAAAGUUCGUUAAUUUUAAAGUUUUAUAAUUAGUUAAGUACAUUUGCUCUCAGAAGUGUAAUAAGUUAAGAUGCUGAUUCGCUCUCAUAAAAUGGCUCUUAAGUAAUGUCCUCUCUCAA